GCACGCCCCUUUUAUUGCUGCACUGCACUCUUUCAAUAACUUGUCAACACAAUUGAGGAAUUUCAUCAUAACACGUCAGUUGCUACCAAUUUGGACUUUACCUGCGGACGUGCGGUCUUCAGAAGUAAUUAUCUCCGACUGGAGCAUUAAUUAGCAAGAGGAAAUCAACGGGAAAGAACGAAACCAUGGCGAUGCCGAGCAGGGAGUUCCUUUGGGACAUCUUCAGGAGAUUCGACCGUGAUGGAAGUGGAACAAUCACAGCCAACGAAUUGCAACAAGCACUGUCCAAUGGCAGUUGGACUCCCUUUAACCCGGAGACUGUCCGUGUUAUGAUCGGAAUGUUUGAUAGAAACAACUGUGGAGCGAUAAACUUCAACGACUUUGGUUCUCUCUGGAAGUACGUGGUUGACUGGCAAAACUGCUUCCGCUCAUUCGACAGGGAUAAUUCCGGAAACAUCGACAAAGAGGAGUUGAAGCAGGCUCUCGUCACCUUUGGCUACAGAUUGUCAGACAACCUGAUAUCGCUGCUUCUUCGAAAGUUCGACAGAAAUGGCCAGGGAACCAUCUAUUUUGACGACUUCAUUCAGUGUUGUGUUGUAUUGUCGACCCUGACGAAUGCAUUCCGUACCUAUGACACAGAUAUGGACGGCGUGAUACAGAUUCACUACGAACAGUUCCUGACGAUGGUGUUCAGUGCAAGGGUUUGAUCAUUUCUACACGUCAGCAAAUUCCAGUGGCCAAUCGUUUAAUAUGUUCCUCACCAGCUUUACCACCUACUUCAACACGCUCGCCUUCAAAUUUUUUUCUUCAAUCUAAAUUUUAUAUAUACCUCCAAACCUAACUAAUUAAAGUAUUUCGAAAUUUCCGAGGUACAUUAUUAAGUAGUGGCACUUGAUAACCGUGAGUUAACAAUAAGAAUAAAAAAACUGGAGCUGGACACAGACAGAGAAGACCACAUUUUUCGCUUGCAAGUUUCUAAUUCCUGAUGUGUUUUUUUUUAAUAUUUAUUGCUCAAAGUGUUAAUUUAGUUCAAAGUGGUAAUUUUUAAUUAAUAAAUUUUCAUCUAAUGGAACGCAUGUCAUGCCUUCAGUCUUACAAUUUUCACGUGAAAUUUAAAAUAACGUUGGCAAAGUUGAAGCUAUAAAUAUAUAAAAAAAUCUUUUUGCCUGUUAAAACUGCUGUCUUUCAUAAUAAAUAAAGAAAUACAAAAAGAUUAUCUCCACACCAA